GACUUUCAGAGCGAGCUGGGUGCGUCUUGACAAGUUGGCGGGAGCAGUGGCGAUGGAGGCGGAGGAAGAGAGACAGAAGCAGAUUGCUGCAUGGUUGAAAAAAGUAUUUGGAGAGCAUCCCAUUCCACAAUAUGAGGUGAAUCCACGGACCACAGAGAUUUUACAUCAUCUCUCAGAACGCAACAGGGUACGGGACAAUGAUGUCCACUUGGUAAUAGAGGACUUGAAACAGAAGGCUAGUGAAUAUGAAUCAGAAGCUAAGCAUCUUCAAGACCUUCUCAUGGAAAGUGUAGAUUUUUCCCCUGCCAAUCUUUCUAGCACUGGUUCCAGGUAUCUGAAUGCUUUGGUUGACAGUGCAGUGACCCUUGAAACAAAGGAUACCUCCCUAGCAAGUUUUCUCCCUGCAGUGAAUGAUUUAACUUCUGAUCUUUUUCGUACCGAAUCCAAAAAUGAAGAAAUCAAGCUUGAAUUGACAAAACUUGAAAAAAAUCUAACUGCAACUUUGGUGUUAGAAAAAUGUCUCCAGGAGGAUCUCAAGAAGGCAGAGAUGCAUCUGUCUACGGAACGGGCUAAAGUUGACAAUCGUCUUCAGAACAUGGACUUUCUAAAAACAAAAUCAGAGGAGUUCAGAUUUGGAAUCAGAGCUUCAGAGGAACAGCUUUCAGCCAGAGGCAUGGAUGCUUCUCUGUCUCAUCAGUCACUGGUAGCACUUUCCGAGAAACUGGCAGAAUUAAAAAGACAGACCAUACCUUUGAAGAAAAAAUUAGAGUCCUAUUUAGAUUUAAUGCCGAAUCCUUCUCUUGCUCAAGUGAAAAUUGAAGAAGCAAAGCGAGAAUUAGAUACCAUUGAAGCUGAACUCACAAAGAAAGUAGACAUGAUGGAAUUGUGACCGGAGCCAAAUAAAUGUCAUUUUAUCUAACUAAGUCAAUUGAAUAGGACUUUAAAGAGUUGUUUCUUCUUAGCAUUCCUUACUAACUUAAUUUUUGUUCUUCAAUGAGAUAAUAAUGUCAUUGGUAGAAUAGUGGUUUCUGGUUGUGUAUUAUAUUUUUUGUCCAAAUACAUAUUUUUCAUAUUAA